AUGCUUGUGCCGAUAAUACGGCUGAAUACAGCUGAGGAUUUCCAGUGGACAAAGAAUAAUCCUGGCUCUUUCUAUUAUGGCACUUUUCCAGCUGGUUUUUUAUGGGGUGUUGGAAGUUCGGCAUACCAGACUGAAGGGGCCUGGGACAAGGAUGGGAAAGGACCAAGUAUCUGGGAUGCUUUUACUCACAAAAAAGGGAAAGUGUUUAGAAAUGAAACAGGAGAUUCAGCAUGUGAUGGCUACUACAAAGUUAAGGAUGACAUUCAGUUACUGAAGGAGCUGAAAGUUAAUCACUAUCUAUUCUCUAUCUCAUGGCCUCGGAUUAUGCCCACUGGCAUCAAAAAGCAAUUGAAUGAGAAGGGAAUACAGUUCUACAAUGAUACAAUUAAUAGUCUUCUGGAAAACAAUAUUACCCCUAUCGUGAGCCUCUACCACUGGGAUCUUCCACAGGUUCUCCAAGAAAAGUACGGUGGCUGGCAAAAUAUAAGCAUGAUAAAUUAUUUUAACGAUUAUGCAAAUCUGUGUUUUGAGAAGUUUGGCGAUCGCGUGAAACAUUGGAUUACUUUUAGUAAUCCUUGGGCAGUUGCUGAAAAGGGUUAUGAAACAGGAGAACAUGCACCAGGACUGAAGCUCGGUGGAUGUGGAGCAUACAAAGCAGCACACCAUAUAAUUAAAACUCAUGCAAAGGUAUGGCACUCUUACAAUAACACAUGGCGUAGUGAGCAGCAAGGUAUGGUUGGAAUUUCCCUAACUAGUGGCUGGGGUGAACCUGUUGAUCCACACAGCCAAACAGAUAGAGACGCUGCUGAAAGAUAUAUACAGUUUCAUCUGGGAUGGUUUGCAAAUCCAAUUUACAGAGGAGACUAUCCAGAAAUUAUGAAGAAUUAUGUAGGUAGGAAGAGUGCCCAGCAGGGCCUGGGGACAUCAAGAUUACCAACUUUCUCAGUGCAAGAGAAAACCUAUAUUAAAGGCACAUCGGAUUUCCUGGGAAUAGGUCAUUUUACUACUCGUUAUGUUCUACAGAAGAGCUUUCCCUUUCUACAAGUGUCCAGUUACCACACUGACCAUGAUUUGGCUGAACUGGUGGACCCAAAAUGGCCAGCUCCAGGACCAAAAUGGUUAUAUUCUGUGCCAUGGGGAUUCAGAAGAUUACUCAACUUCAUUAAGACACAGUAUGGGAACCCUCUCAUUUAUGUGACAGAGAAUGGAGUUUCUGAAAAGGUACAGUGUACUCAACUGUGUGAUGAAUGGCGGAUAGAGUAUCUGAAAGGAUAUAUUAAUGAAAUACUGAAAGCUCUAAACGAUGGUGUUAAUGUCAAAGGUUAUACUGCCUGGUCACUGCUGGAUAAAUUUGAAUGGAACAAAGGCUUCUCUGAAAGAUUUGGAUUUUAUCACAUUGAUUUUAAAAAUAAGAACAAACCACGAUACCCAAAGGCAUCUGCUGACUAUUAUAAAAAGAUUAUCAGCGCAAAUGGAUUCCCAAAUCAAAGAGAGGUGGAAAAUUGGUAUCAGAAGGCCAUGGACACUUGCUCUACCACACACCAACUCCUUGCUACAGAUUCCCUGAUUACUCACAUGGAAAUGGUGACAGAGAUUGUUCUUCCUACAGUUUUCACGCUCUGCAUACUCAUCAGUAUUGUCCUACUAAUAUUCUACCUUCGAAAUCAUAGUUAAAAUUGCAAGCUUACACAUAUCUUCAUUUUGCAUAAUAAAUAAAAUGCAAUUGCUUUGUUAUAUUAGUUAACCACAGAUGCCCCUUUUUACACCACUGUAAAGAAAUAUUACUUUACCUAUCCACCUAGCACUUUUAUAGUUUUUCCUAUUCAAUUGCCAAAACAUAAUUUAAUUUUUUUUAAUCAAAACCCGAAGUACAUUUUCUUUCUGCAUUACUUUCUACUAAUUUUAAGUAGCAGAUUUUAUGUUUCUUCUUAUUUUGGAAAAUACUAUACAUUUUGUUCACCAGAAAAAUAGUUAGCUAAGAUUAAAGUGAUUCAAAUCUUGACAGUACAAAUUUCAAGUGAUUAAAAGCUGCUUGCAAAUGCUGGUUUCAGUCUGUUCAUCAAUAGUCUUUUAAUUAGCAUGUAACUGCUAUUUGAAGAGAGACAGACACAUAAUUUUAAAAUAGAAAAGGACUGAAAUAUUCCAAGAGCACUGCUUAAACAUUACUUUAUUAUUCAUGUCUAAAAGUUAGGAUAAUAUACAUCUUAUUAUUCAGGUGUGGAGAAAAAUUACUUGAAGUGAUUAAUCAAAGAUGACAACUGCUGGGUCAGAUUUAAACCAAGGACUCCUAUCUCUCUAGUUUUGUUUACAGGGAACGAGGUUUGCCUCAUAUAACUUUAUAAUAUAUUACACACAGAAAUGUGUAUUGUAAGUAAUCCAAGCACUUCCAGAAUGUAAUAUUCCACCUCAGAUUCACUUCUACUGCAGGUAGGAACAAGUUAAGUACAUGAUUAAAAAUUUGUUCCAGAAUACGGACAUCUGGCUAUGUUUGUCCUCCUGUUGUGCUUGAAAUUAUUCCUCUGAAGCAAAGCAACAAACAAGUUUCCUAUUUAGCUUGCACUAUAUUUUCAGCACGGCAUGUGCAUAUACUGAAUGCAGAGUAGCAGUACAUAAAUCCAAAAAAGGACCUUGGCUUCUCUUCAAAGGCUAACUAUUAAACUGAUAGUUAUUAAGAUGUAAUAUUAGGAAAGAGAUAAGAAAUAAGAUUUACUGAGGAGAAACCAGAAAUAAUAGAAAGUUAUAGUUUUUUAAAAGCAUGAAUAUUGGGGGUUUCCUUAUUCUUAUCAAUAGUUAAUAGUUUUUUAUGCAGAACGUUUGUCUCAAAUUAUUUAAUCAGCAUAUACUACACUAUGUAAUUGUUUAAAAUUACACUACCAAGAUGUUACAUACACUAUCUAAUCAACAUAAGAACAUAUGCAACUGUCAUCCCAACAUAUUUAAAUGAUUAUGCCCAGCCAAUUAUAUUGAACAUUUUUUUUCCAAGAAAAUUAUGCAAAAGCAUACAAGACAACACUGUUAAA